UCCCAUGCCCCGCUAAUCUCGCCUCCAUCAUCAUUAUUACUUACUUACUCAUAACUACAAAAGUCACAUUCAGCUCCAUGUCCAAACAACAUUUUUAGCUAAAGCCCCCACACUAUGUCUCUCUUCUUCUUCUUCUUCUUCUUCUUCGUCUCCCUCUUCUUCUACUCUGCAUUUUCCUUCCCUUAUGAUAUUUCUUACUACAUUGAUUGCGGUGGCUCAACCAACACCACUGACCCUUUCAAUACUACCUGGCUCUCCGACCGCUUCUUCACCGGUGGCUCCUCCUCCGUAGUCUCUGAGCCUCUUCACUUCCGCUUUCCUCAAGAGAAGACUCUUCGCUUCUUUCCGCUUUCCUCCGGUAAGAAGAAUUGCUACAUUCUUCCUCUCCCUAACGGCCGUUACUACAUCCGUACAUUCACUGUUUAUGAUAACUAUGACGGUAAGUCGCAUUCUCCAAGUUUCGAUGCCUCCGUCGAAGGCACUCUCGUCUUCUCCUGGCGCUCUCCUUGGCCGGAGAAUCUAGCUCGUGACGGCGCUUACUCCGAUCUUUUUUCGUAUGUCAAAGAUGGUGAGGUAGACAUUUGUUUUUACAGCAUUGCCACUGAUCCUCCUGUGAUUGGUUCUCUUGAAAUCCGACAAAUCGAUCCGCAGUCGUAUGAUUCUGCUUCAAUCGGCGAUAAUUUUAUCCUCGUUAACUACGGGCGUUUAUCUUGCGGCUCCGUUCAGUGGGGGCCAGGGUUUAGUAAUGAUACCGAUGACUUCGGUAGGUCCUGGCAGUCGGAUUACGAAUUCCGAUCUCAAAGCAGUCCAAACACUGUGCACUCUGUUUCCACCCGAGAAAAAAUAUCUGGCACCGAUCAACUUCCGAAUUACUUCCCAAUGAAGCUUUAUCAGACGGCGGCUACGGUAAACGGAGUUUUGGAGUACGAAUUUACCGUGGAUGCGAAAAUGGAUUACUUGUUGUGGUUUCACUUCGCUGAGAUUGAUUCCACAGUAACUAAGAAGGGGCAGAGAGUGUUUGACUUGACGUUGAAUGGUAAAAACGUGAGUAGAGUUGACAUUUAUGCGCAGGUUGGGAGCUUUGCAGCAUAUAGUCUACCAUACACUGUGCACAAUCUGAGCAGUACUGCAUUGAUUGUGAAGCUAUUGCCGGUUAAGGGGGCGCCAUUGAUUAGUGGAAUAGAAAAUUAUGCUCUGGUUCCUAACGAUAUCUCCACCGCUCCUGAGCAAGUUGCUGCCAUGAGAGCAUUGAAAGAAUCACUUCGUAUUCCUGAUAGAAUGGGUUGGAAUGGCGAUCCUUGUGCUCCUACGAACUGGGAUGCUUGGGAAGGAGUUACCUGCCAUUCAAACAAAGAUGGAAGUGCCCUUGUUGUAUCUCAAAUAGAUCUCGGAAGCCAAGGCUUGAAAGGAUAUAUAAGUGAUCAGAUUAGUCUUUUAUCAAACUUGGUAAGCCUGAAUUUAAGUUCUAACUCUUUGGGAGGAGCACUUCCAGCUGGACUAGGUCAUAAAUCACUUGUAAAGCUGGACUUAUCAAACAAUCAGUUCUCUGGACCUAUUCCAGAAAGUCUAACAUAUUCAAGUCUGCAGCUUGUGUUAUUGAAUAAUAACUUAUUGGAAGGGCGAGUCCAAGAAGAGCUUUACUCAAUUGGCGUGCAUGGUGGAGCCAUUGAUCUCUCAGGUAACAAAGGUUUGUGUGGUGUCCCUUCUUUGCCACAAUGCUCCUUUUUUUGGGAAAAUGGGCAUUUGUCCACUGGCGGUAAAGUCGGGAUAGCCCUAUCUUGUAUUGUAGUUGUCUCUGUGCUUCUGUUGGUCAUAUACAUAUACAUCCGAAGAAGUAGAAAUGAUUAUGACUUUGCUCCCCCUCAUGAUUUAAUGUCAAUGGCAGCAAAGAGAAACAGAUAUCAGCGGCAGAAAUCCUUAAUGCUACUUGAAAUGGAGUCUCAACAUGCCAAAGGAUUGCCUUCACCUUAUGGUGCCCAUUAACACAGUACUAUUAGAAAAAGUAUACACAAUACUAGUGAUGUUGAUAGCGUUUCAGUACACCAAUAGGGGCAUAGAGAGGGGACACUCAAAUGUGACUAAUGCAAAAUGCACAGAUAGGAUGUGAGUGUGAGCUGCAGUGCUGAUGCUUCGCAGAGAUGACUUAAAUGGUUUUGGAAUCUUUUUGGCAAUCAAAACAAAGAUGGGGUCUUGUGAAGUCACACUGUCUAUAAGAUGCAAUGUAUCUCAUUCUUAUUCUCACUGACAAAAAAGGAACAAGAUAAGACUCUUCCUCACUCUGUAUCAUACUCAUUUUUGCGGUAUUUUAUGAAUAUAUUCUGUGAAUUCAUUUUUCUUUAAUUUUAUGAAAAGAGCUUUGCUCAUUUAUACAAAA